UGUAGCCAGAGAUACGGCCAUAUUGACUUUACUGUUCUGUCAGAGCUGCACCAUCGAGGCAAAAAUUACAUUAUAUAAAUAGAUAUAUACCAGGACAGGAGUCGGAGACCCCCCUCACCCCUCCCAGGCCAUGGGCAGGAGAGAGCGCCCAACACCCCCUGGGUUAAGUUUGGUAGCACUGGCACUCAGCCUCCUGGUUCCUGCUUCCAGUAUGGAGAUCACUGUGCCUGCAGUUGUCUAUGCUCUCAACGGAACCGAUAUAAGACUACCUUGCAACUUCAACUCCUGUUAUAAGAUGGAUACUAAGCAGUUUUCUAUGAACUGGACAUACCGGGGCUGUGAAAACUGUACAGAAGAGACGUUCAUUCAGUAUGAAAAGAAGAUUAUCAACCAGCGCCUUGAGCGGUUUCAGAACCGAGUGGAAUUUACAGGAAACCCCAGCAAAAAUGACUUAACUGUGACAAUUCAUAAUGUACAAUUGCAAGAUGAAGGGGAAUACCUUUGUUAUGUGCUGAAUCCUCCGGACCGACACAAAGGCACAGGAAAGAUUCGUCUGGAGGUUCUUACAGAAGUUCCUCCAGAAAGAGAUUCAACGGUUGCUGUUUUGGUUGGAGCUUCGGUUGGAGGUUUCUUGGCCCUUGUUAUUCUUUUCCUGGUCAUCCUAAAAUGUGUUAGAAAAAAGAAAAUGCAAAAUCUUAACUCAGAUGACCAAAAAACAGAGGAAGAAGUGAAGACUGAUGGGGAGGGAAACCCGGAAGGAGAACUAAAAACGGCAAUUCCUGAGGUUCUUUGACCUUUCAUACACACCGAAGCGGAUUCCCAGAGACAAAACAUUGAUAAUACUCUGGAAUUCGUAGAAAACAUUGUUACUCUGGAAUUCAUUCUGAACAUUAACCAGCUCCAGGGAAUAAGGAAUACAUAAUUUGCACCUUUAACAAACAGACUAUGGGAACCCUUCUCCUGCGUAUGAUUGCAACAUUGAGGAAGAACUAUUUUCAUCUCGGAUGGUUUGAAUGCACUAUUUUCCGUUUCCUGCCAGACUGGAAGCUUGAUAAAAAGCUAGAACGGAUGUCAAACUAUGUAAGGU